CGUAUUGGAAGAGACCCCCCUCGUAUCUUCCCUAGCCAACAAUAACCGUCCUAUCGCGUUCGACCGAAGAGUAUUUCGUGCUGUGGGCACAUACAACCGAGGGCAGGAAGCAGACCCCGGAGUGGCCGGGUCUGGUAACAUCGGCAAUGGUCUCCGAUUUCGAGGUCCCACGAUUUCUUCGCGAGCUGUUGACACAUGGUACACGGUUGCACUACAUGUGGAAGCGCGGAUCUUUGCUGGAUCUCUCAACGAGGAAAAGGAUCGCGCUCACAUGCUUGUCGACUCCAGGCCGGACGUUGACGUACGAUGGAGUUCUCAUGGCUCUCUGGAGGUUUUGGCCGUUCAGGCAGGAUCAAGCCAGACCCGUUCACGCGCCUCAACGUGUGCUCCAGUUUCUUCGAUGGCAGGAAUCUGGCUUCGACGAUGAUUUCCCGGUAAUUGGACACGAUGGUGGGCAGCUGCUCUUUUUCCUUCCCCGUGGACACGAGAAUAAGAUCUUCAAGAAUAUUUGGCAGGAGAAGAUAGAGAAGUCGAGUGAGAAGAAGGGUCUGGAUAAGAAGAAGGAUUCGAACGGCGACUGUUAUUUCUUCGGCCAGUUAGGGUAUUUCGACAUAGCUGAGUACAAGCCGGAGGGCCAUGAAUGCUCCCCAUUGAUAAACAACCUACCGAAGGAGCUCAAGUUGAAGAUCCUCCGAUGCCUCUUCGCAUUCAAGACCAAGGUAUAUGUCGUGAACAGCAUUCACCGAAAGACUGGCCAGCCAAUAUACGCUUUCGUUGUCUGGAGACCCAGCCAUCUCCAGGACGAAAUCUAUCCAGACUAUCCAGACCUCCCGCCGGGAAACCGCUGGCGCGGACCACCCACAGGAAGCUUCUUCGCGCUUGCGGAGACGAAUGUCGAGCAUCGUGCUCUGGUACGAGAGAUCUGUUUUGGGGAGAACGAAAUCGUCAUGCCCGGUGGUAUUGGCUAUGACGGCACUAUCAAGCCCGGUCCCAUCUCUUACGCUGGCUAACCGUGAUUGGACCAGAAGCGCGAUAUUUCCUCA